GACGACGCGGCGCUGUAUUGCGGGCGCUGCGACGCGAGCGUCGGGCGACGCGCGAAGCACUGCCGGGACUGCGAUAAGUGCGUGGACGAUUUCGAUCAUCACUGCAAGUGGUUGAAUAAUUGCGUCGGUGGACGGAAUUACGGGGCGUUCUUGGCGCUG